CUGGUCGAUGCUGACAGCAGCAACGAUAUUCGAAAUGAGUGCGGACAUACGCCUCUGCAUCUCGCCGCAGCUAAGGGACGUGUGAAUAUAGUACAGAAGUUGGUUGCUGCUGGUGCGAAUACUCGUGUCCAAGAUUGGGUGGGAGAGACGCCGCUCCAUAAAGCUCUCUUUUUUUGGAAGGAGGCCGCUGCAAAGCUCCUGGUGCAUGCAGACAGUAGAAACAGCAUCCAAGAUACAUAUGGGUGCACCCCCCUGCAUUAUGCUGCAGAGAAGGGGUAUGUGAAAAUAGUAAAGAAGCUCGUUGUUUCAGGAGCAAGUAUGUGUCUCCAAGAUAAGUCUGGCUGUACCCCGCUUCACAAUGCUCUGUAUAUGGAAAAGCGAGCUACAGCAGAGUUCUUGGUGGAUUUGGGUGGCGGAAAUAACAUCCAAAAUAACCGUGGGCAUACUCCUCUGCAUAUUGCUGCGGAGAAAGGAUGUGUGGGUGCAGUGAAAAAAUUGUUAAUGAGCGACGUGUGUCCACACGCCGUAAAGGAUGAUCAAGGACAAUAUCCGCUGCACGUCGCUUUGAAAGAAAGACAGGAUGAUGUUUUGAAAAGUAUUCUUGCAAUGUGUGCCUGUAAAGGCAUCUAUAUCCACUGGACGGAGAUGGAGCUUCCACAGGAUCAGGUGUGGCGGUGCAUCAGCCUACUCUCUGAAUACUACAACGAGAUUCGUCAAAUGAAGAACACCAAAAUAGGUGGAUCAACUGUAUCCUAUCAUGACCUUGCAAAAUACCCUGAGUGCAAAGUAGCGCUGUACCUGGAGAACGAAGACAUCCGGAAGGCUUUAGAUCAUGAUCAUGUGUUUCAGAACUUUCCGAACUAUGUAGAUAUCAUUGCUUUCAAAGUGAAGAAUGCCCGGAAAAGGAAAGCCCUCACCGAUCGGUGUAAGGGGUGCAUUUCUGUCAUGACCCGAAAAUUGCCCCCACUGUUGCCGACGUGCUGGGAGAUUGUAUUACUCUAUUUGAGUAGGCGAGACUUGAGAAACUUCAUCAAGGCUGCCAAAUUUAAGGAUUGAAAAUUGUGUUAAAAUGACUUACAGUAAGAAAAGGCGCCACAGUUCAAAUUUCUCGGUUAG